AUGGAGUGCUCGAUCUCGUCAUGUCUCACUACUCAACUCAUGACACUUCCUUUAUGUAUUUACACAAAGAAAUAUGCUGAUGAGAAAUACUUGAAAGUGAAAGAAACAAUUCAAAACAAUACCACCACGAAUGACAUCUACCAAACCUUUUGUAAAGAGUACAAAUAUCUCUUAGAAGUUACUCUUUCUGUGACAGACGAGAACAAGGAACAACCAGAACAGUGCGUAGAGAACGACGACGAUAUGCUGAAGUUUAUUAAUUACGUUACGAAGAACGCAAAACUCCUCUUAAGGAUAUGGAACGCCACAAAGUACGUCGAACAACGAUUUAACAACGACUACUGUGAAACAAAGAAAUCUAUCAUGUUCAAAGACAUCACCUAUUUGUCUGAGAAAAUAUUAUAUAAAGAAUUGGGGACAAUGUGUAUCGAAAACGUCACAGAUGAUGUCGAAAAGGAAAGAUGCAAAUUCGAUAAGCUUCAGAAUGACGUUCUUAACAACAACGAAGAAAUCAAUUAUUAUUUUGAACGAUAUAUGAAUAUAUACAGUGAAGUCGCUUGCGAUAUCGACCAAUUUCUCUUUGAGAAGAUACACAAGAACCUCGAAGAGGCACAGAAGUUACUCAAAAUCAUAACGGAUGGUUCAAUACUCUUUAAGGGACAGACCGACCCUCUUUAUGCUCUUUCAUUUCUAUUGGACAGUCGAAGUCUGCAAGUGUCUAUUCAAACAUUAAACGUUUACUUGAAACUGCAAAGCGAUAUAAUCAAGAAGUUGGCCUCUUCAUUUCCGUCGUUACUUAUUAUGAAAUGUUUUAAAUCUUUGGAGACGAAGGAACAACGAGAGAAGGGAGCAUACAUAGUGAACGACUUGCGUGAACUUGCGGAGAAGUUUUAUUUGUACGCUUCACAACACGAGAACACGUUUGUCCACGACGCUCGAAACAAACUCUCAUACAACGCGGCGAAGAAAUGUGAGAAGUUUGUUAUACUAAUUGGGUUGCUGUUGUUCAAGGUGGAGAAUUACAACACUGAUUUUGUAUUCACCUUUUCGACGUUGUUGAUGUACUUCUACAUGAAAAGCAUUCGAACUGUUCUUCGGCGAACUGUGUUACUUGUGGCGUCGUAUACCCAAAAGAACGCGGACCUCUACAAAAUCCCGAAACAAAUGCCGGGACCGACAAAAGAUUUUUGGGUUGUCUUUGGCGAUGAAUUGAUGAUGAGUCUUGUCUGCACUUUAAAUGAAAUAGUUGAACGAAAGGAAGACUUUGGAUGUACUAAUCAUAUUGGGGAGAGCUGUUUUGUAGCAAAGACGAAUGUUUUUGACGACGAAGAGUUGCGAGUGAUAUGGGGUGUGAUCAAUCAAGUCGAUUUUAAGCGGGAAGAUGGGUUGAAUCCAUAUGAGAUGUACGAAGUCUUUACGAAGAGAGCGCGCAUACAAACGAAGAUCGACGAAAUGCUUGAAAAGGAUGUUGAUGAGAUAGACGAGGACGGACUGUUUGGCGAUUUGACGUUUUUAAAUAAUUAUCGAGGGAAUACUUUUAUAGGGAAAAGCAAUGGGAUGCCUGUGUCCGUAUCAAAGAGUUGUUUUGAUGAGACUGAAAGUGAAGAGAAAGUGUGUGAGAGUGUGGAUGUUGAGAAACAAGGCGAAAGGAGUGAGAGGCCACACACGCCCAAUAUUGUAGAGAAGAAAGACGGUGAAAAGAAGAAUCUGAUGGAUGAAUACAUUUAUGUGAGCCCAAACCCGAUACGGAGAAAAGAGUUUUUUAUUUCGGAGCAUCUGUAUUCUUUAGUGAAUGAUACUCAGUACCAAACUGAUGAGUUGGAAAACUACGUUCCGGUUGGUGUUGAUUUUAUAGACACGUUUGAAAUCAAUUUGAGAAAGAAAGUUCGCGAAGAGAUAGAAAGAGAGAAGCCGGAGCUCCAGAAGAAACUUGAUAACGAGUUUGCGAUAUUUGAACAGAAAAAAGCGCAGAAAUUGGAACGAAAAAGGACGAUGGAGCUUUUAAACCGCCAAGAAGUGGAGGAGAAACAGAGGAAGGAAGAAGAAGGGAGACACGAAAAUGAACGACAGGAGAAAAUCAAGAGACAACGGUCGGAACAGUUUUUAAAGAAGAAUGAAGUGAUUAGGAAAUGCCACUUUUUGACGAAAGAGGAGGUGGCACAAAUGCCGAAUGUGUACUACAACGUGGAAGUGAAAAAACAGACGAGGAAGGCCCGUAUGAGUAUUGGAGGACAACCCCAAUUAAAUGAGAAACCGAAGUUGUCAUCACACUCGAAAAGCGAUUUGAAGAGCGAGUUUGUUGGGUUUAAUGAGGUGGACAGCACGACGGAAGGUGUGAAAAUGACAGCAAAAAAAGAAGUGAAAGUGAGAAACGAAGAAGAAAAUGAAGAGGUGAAACCAAUCAACGUGAAAAUGACAAUUAAAGAGGAGAAAAGUGAAAUGAAAAAUAACACAACAACAACAAAAGGAACAAAACAAGGCGUCAAGAUGUCCUUUGCGAGUGAAAGCACAAAGAAUGAUAAUAAUGUGAGUAAAGAAAAGGAACAGCCGAAAUUGUCAUUUAAAGAUGAAAGCACGAAGAAAGUAACUAAACAGAAAGAACAACCAAAAUUAUCGUUCGCGGGAGAAAGUACAAAGAAAGAAACUCGUCCCGUUGUCAAAUUGUCAUUCAAAGAUGAAAGUACAAAAGAAAGAGCCACAGAAAUUGUCAUUUGCAGGAGAAAGCACAAAAAAAUCCACCAAAAAAAACAACGAAAAAAGUCGUCAAAUUAUCGUUUAAAGAUGAAAGCGCAAAGAAAGAGAAUGGUGAGGAUAAGAUGUGAAAUAGAUAUAAAUAAUGGAUUGAAUGCAAUACAUUGA